CCCUCUUCUUUCCAUUAACGCAUUCAAUUUCCAAUAUUCAAAUCACUGUUUCUUUCUUCUCUCAGCAGACAAAAAAUCUCAUUCAAUAAAUUAUAUGGUAAUUUCUGUUGUUGAUAUAUUUUUUCCAUCAUGUUAGAGAGUGGAAGUGAUCGUGAUUCUGGGAUGAGUUUAGAAACGGUUAAUUCCAAUACACAGAGAACUUCCUUAAGCAGCGCUACUGAAAGCAUUUGCAGCACUAGCUUCAGUCGUCUCUCUUUCGAACUCCUUCCGUCGUCUUCACCGGAGAGUCUCUCCAUCAAACCUCACCGUUCCUCCGAUUUCGCCUACUCCGCCAUCCGCAAAUCCGGUCUCACCUUCCGUGACUUUCACCUUCUCCGCCGCAUAGGCUCCGGUGACAUCGGCACUGUAUACCUCUGUCGCCUACGUGACUCCUCCGUAAACUACAUCAACGAUGAGGAUAGUUCGUUCUACUACGCCAUGAAGGUUGUUGACAAAGACGCUGUUGCUCUCAAGAACAAGUCACACAGAGCGGAAAUGGAGAGAAAGAUUCUCAAGAUGCUUGAUCAUCCUUUUCUCCCUAGUCUCUAUGCAGAGUUCGAAGCUUCUAAUUUCUCUUGCAUUGUUAUGGAGUUUUGCUCCGGCGGUGACUUGCACUCUCUCCGUCACCGUCACCCUCGUAACCGUUUCUCUCUCUCCUCCGCACGUUUUUACGCGGCUGAGGUACUGGUGGCAUUGGAGUAUCUGCACAUGCUAGGAAUAAUUUACAGAGAUCUAAAACCGGAAAACGUGUUAGUCAGAUCAGACGGUCACAUCAUGCUCUCUGAUUUUGAUCUAUCUCUAUGCUCUCACGCAAUCCCAGCCGUUGAGUUAUCUCCAGAAGAUGCAUCCUGCACCAGUCCACAUUCCAUCUCUUCUCCUUUCAAGUGUAUCUCGAAGCGACUUUUCCGGUCCAAAAAGGUUCAAACAUUUCAACCGAACCGGCUUUUCCGGUCGAGAAAGGUUGAAACAUUUGAAUCGAAGAGGGUUUUCGUUGCUGAACCGGUGGAGGCACGGUCGUGUUCAUUCGUUGGAACACACGAGUACGUGUCACCGGAAGUAGCUUCUGGAAACUGUCACGGUAACGCUGUGGAUUGGUGGUCGUUUGGGAUAUUCAUAUAUGAGAUGGUGUACGGAAGAACGCCGUUUGCGGGUCCAUCGAAUGAAGCAACUUUGCGAAACAUUAUAAAAAAGCCUCUUAGUUUUCCUACUGCUACGCCUUCCAGUGCGCUUGAAACGCACGCGCGGGACCUUAUCUCGGGUUUGCUUAACAAAGACCCGAACCGUAGACUCGGGUCGAAACGGGGUGCUGCUGAGGUUAAGAUGCAUCCGUUUUUUGUUGGGCUUAACUUGGCGUUGAUACGGAUGGUGGCGCCGCCGGAGGUUCCGGGUUUAAGAAGACACAAAACGAUGCCGUUUCUCUCCGGGAAAGAUAGUAGACAACACCCUGCUUCGUCGUUUGAUUACUUUUAAGAAUUUAAGUAUGGCCGAUUUUUGCGCCACGUGUACGGUCGGUGGCUUCAGAGUUUUAAAAAUAAAAUGGCGGGUGACGUAUAUUCAUGUGUAAAUUUAUUUAAGCUACUACUCUAUUUUUGUAACCUACUUUAUAUAACAAAUUUU